GACGUACAUUUAAUUGAGCACGCGCAGUAAACUUGUUCCGACGGCAACAUAACCUAAAAAUUACAUAUAUACGUAAUUUGUUUACGUAUUUUGUUUACAUUGACAUUUUUAUGACAUAAUGAAAUAAUGAUGGCGGGAAAUUAAUAAGAAUGGACUGGAAAUAUUCCAUUCUCAUCAUAUUCUGGAAUGUGUUUUUCUAAAAUUAUUUUCAUCCAUAAACUAAUUUUUUAAAAUGAAGAAAAUCACAGCAAAAACAUCCAAACAAAAGGCUAUUGAAAAAGAUAAUGCAAAAAAUAAAAGGAUAUCUUCUUUUUUUAUAAAAAAACCUUCUGAUUUAACAAAUAAUAAAAAUAAAUUCGAAGCGAAUUCAAUUGAAAAGAAUGAUUCGCAAACUAAGAGAAAAAUUGAUGAAUUAGAGGAGAAAUUAAAUUCGGAGCAUUUGUUGAAACAGAGAAAAAUUGAGAAUAAUGAAUCAAUUGACAGAAAAAUACAAGAGAAAAAAAUUAGCCAUCAUUCUCAAAAUGAAGGGAAAUGUCAUUUGGAAAAAAAAGAAAAAAAUUUAAAAAUUCAUUCACCAAAAAAAUUGAAAAUUACAAAUAAUUCCACUGAAUGUAAAAAUAAUUCUACAUCUAUAAUUGAUUUACCAUCAAAUAAUAUAUUAAAAGAGAAAAUUAUUUCCAAAGAAGAUUCUGGUAUUAUUAUUUCAAAAUCAUCAUCAAUUGAGGAGAAUUUAAAUGAAAUAUUUCCCGACCUAUUAAGUCGUAAAACUAUUACAAAUGAUGUAAAUAAAGAAAAUAAAACAAAAUUAGUUGUCGAUAAAAUAAUACAUGAAUUUGAUUCAUUUGAUUUGGAAAAUGAUUUUUUUGAUGAUAUUUUUAUUGAAGAUUUUGUGGAAAAUAAUCUCGAUCUUAUGGAAUUGAAACGUUGCAUUGUAUUGAAUGUCACAAAAAGUGGAAGAUUUUUAAAUUUAUCAUUAAAGGAUUCCAUUUUGGAGGAAACAGCUUCUGUUAAAUGUUGCGAUUAUUGGGCAAAUGUGGAAAUUGAAAAAGGUCAAACAAUUGUGAUACAAGCUUUAAAAAAUGGCGACGAAUGGAUAGUAAACAAUAAUAAUGGACUUUUAGUAAUUAAUCCGGAUAUAUUAAUUUCCGGUACUUCUGUAGUUGGUGGACUAUUUUGCAAUAGACAAAGUAUUUUAAAGGAAAAAUUCCGUGGAUUUGAGUCAUUGCCAUUAUUUGAAAAUAAUGCUACUUACAUGACAGUGGGACUACUCGUUCAUCAAAUUCUACAACAGACACUCGAGUCAAAAGUUGAGACACUUGCCGAGAUUAUGGAAAUUUAUGAGAAAAUAAUUUCAGCAUUUGAUGCUGUGAGUUUAAUGUAUCAAUGUAAUAUGACAACUAAACAAUGUCGAGAGAGUGUUGAACCGUAUAUGCUGCAAAUUUACAAUUUCAUUCAACGUUACAUGAAAGGAGUCACUCAACCAGUAACGGAUAAAAAUUUCGAAGGUCAAGUCGAUACAAUUCGCGAUAUUGAGGAGAAUAUUUGGCUUCCAAAAUUGGGAUUGAAAGGAAAAAUUGAUGUCUCCGUCGAGGUGAAAAUCAAUUCAAAGCGGAAAAUUAUGCCACUUGAGUUGAAAACAGGAAAGACAUCCUUUUCUCCCGAGCAUAAGGGUCAAGUGAUUCUUUAUACAAUGAUGAUGUCUAUGAUAGGUCAACAAGUGGACAGUGGACUUCUUCUCUAUCUAAAAGAAAAUGAAAUGAAAGAAAUAAAAGGCAGUCAUCAUGAGAAAAGGGAUUUAUUAAUGCUCCGAAAUACAUUGUCCCUUUAUCUUGCAAAAAAAUCCAGUAUAAAUGUGAAUAAUUUCAAUGAUAUUAAAGAAUUAUUAUUGGACUUGCCUGAGCCAAUUAAUCAUCGUAAUGCAUGUGGAAAAUGUUCUGUUAAUCAUUUAUGUUCAAUGUAUCUUGUACAUGAUGAAACGUUUCGUUUAAAAGACAGUUCGCAUCCAUUGAAAGAAAUAAGUGAAAAAUUAUUAAAUCAUUUGAAACCAGAACAUAUUCAUUAUGUGAUGAAAUGGGUAAAACUACAUCAAAUUGAAGAAGAAGCCAAUACCAAUUAUUUAUCGAUGAAGGACAUUUGGACAAUGGAGCCCUUAAAUAGAGAGAAGAAAGGUACGUGUAUAUGUAAUUUAAAAACGGUGCAUGUCGAGAAAAUAGAGGAUCACUAUAAACAUAUUUUCAAAAGAAAUGAAGAACUGAAGGAUGCACUCAACGAUUUCACUAUCUCGGAAAUACACGAGGGUGAUUAUGUGAUUAUUAAUACUUCAAAAAGAGUUAAUAUUGCCGCUGGAUUUAUUUGCGAAAUAAAUCGCGAGUCAAUUACAAUUUCUCUCGACAGAAAUCUCUCGUUACGCUAUCCAAAUUUAAUUUUUCACGUUGAUAAAUAUUUUUCCGCUAAUAUUUCUCACUAUAAUCGCGCGGCCGUUAGUGGACUUUUGAUUGAUGAUGAACUCUGCAGCCGAUUGAGAAGCAUUGUCAUUGAAAAGAAACCGGCGACAUUCAAGACGCAUUUGCCGAGAAAAAUUGCGCCAAUCAGUGCGCCAAUAUUGGGACGAUUGAAUAAACAGCAGCAACGGGGAAUUUUUAAAAUUUUAACAGCAAAAGAAUAUGUAUUAUUAAAGGGUUUUCCGGGUACAGGAAAAACAAGAACUUUAAUUGCCCUCGUUGAAUUAUUGGUAAAAAUUGGCAAAUCUGUUCUUAUUACAGCAAAUACACAUAGUGCAGUUGAUAAUAUUUUAAUUGGUUUAAUGGAGAAAAAAAUUGAUUUUUUGAGAUUAGGUUCAAGUGCAAAAAUUCAUCCCUCAUUAUCUGAAUAUAGUGAAGAUGUGCUUACAGCACAAUGUACUACACCGGAGAAUUUACGUGACGCCUAUAACAGUAAAAAAGUCGUUGGCGUGACUUGUCUUGGUGCGUAUCAUAGACUUUUCGAAUCUCGAAAAUUCGACAUGUGCCUCGUCGAUGAAAGCACGCAAGCUCAGCAAUGUGCGGUAUUGAAGCCACUUUACAAUUCAGCGAAAUUUGUUCUUGUAGGCGAUCCCGAACAAUUACCUCCAAUUGCCAAAAGUCCAAUUGCAAGACAACUUGGCUUCAAUCAAUCGCUAUUUGAAAGACUCGAUAGUGAAAAUAAUACUGUUGUUUUAUUUGUUCAAUAUCGAAUGAAUAAAGAAAUAAUGAAAUUAUCAAAUAAAAUAACAUAUAAAGAUCAAUUGGAAGUUGGCAAUGAAAAUGUGGCGAAUGCAACAUUAUGUUUUAAAAGCAAUCAGAUUUCACACAUUUGGUGGAUUCAAGCAGCGUUGUCUGUAAAAAUCGAAAAUUCUGUAAUUUUACUUAAUACAUUUAUAUCGAAAGAUUGUGAGGAAAAAUUCAAAAAUCUCACACAUGACAAUAAAUUAUACAAAAAUCUACUCGAAGCAGCAAUUGUUGAAAAUCUCGUCAAUACACUUUUGAAGGCGGGACUAAAUAGUGAAGAUAUUGGAGUCAUUGCACCAUUUCGGGCGCAGGUGAAUUUACUAGGAAAAGCUGUUUCAAAGGAUGUCGAAGUAAACACUGUAGAUCAGUAUCAAGGACGUGAAAAGAACAUUAUCAUUUACUCGUGUACUGAGAGCUCACCUCAGGGCUGUGCAAAUACAAGGGCAUUUCAUAUUCUCAACGAUCAAAACCGACUUACUGUCGCUAUAACACGAGCAAAACAAAAACUUAUUAUAAUUGGCGAUUGUAAUAUUUUAAAAACAUAUUCACCAUUUGAAAAACUUGUUCGUUUUGUCAGACAAGAAAAUAUCAUCGAUUUAUUUACAUCAACGGAGUCAUUCGAUUGGAAUCAAAUGAUUAAUUCUUUCAAAAGUAAAUUUAGUUUUUAGAAGAAAUUUAUUUUUAUAUUUAUACUUUUGAUUUUCUCUUUUUUUUCAUGAAAGAAUGAGAUUUUUUUUUUUACAAAAAUUUCUUUAUUGAAUGGUAAUUAUUAUACAUGAAUUUUGUUUGUUUUUUUUUUGUAAAAUAUUAUUUAACGUGUGUAUUUGUCAUUUUAUUUAUAUUUUGCAUUUUUUUUUUGUAUAUUUGUGCAAACAUUGAAUGUCUGUGUUUAUAUUAUAUUAUAUAUAAUGAAAAAAAGUGAUUUUUGACGAAUAAAUAUGAUAAAUAUUA